AUCCAUGGACAAGCUGCGGGAAAAGCAGAGGCAGUUAGAGGCGGCGGAGGUUGAGAACCAGCUCCUGAAAAUGAAGGUGGAGUCAUCUCAAGAAGCCAAUGCUGAGGUGAUGAGAGAGAUGACCAAGAAGCUGUAUAGCCAGUAUGAAGAGAAGCUGCGGGAGGAGCAGAGGAGGCACCGUGCCGAAAAGGAGGUGCUCCUGGAAGAAACCAAUAGUUUCCUGAAAGCCAUCGAAGAAGCCAAUAAAAAGAUGCAGGUGGCAGAGAUCAGCCUAGAGGAAAAGGAUCAGAGGAUUGGAGAGCUUGACAGGCUCAUUGAGCGUAUGGAAAAGGAACGGCAUCAACUUCAACUUCAACUCCUAGAGCAUGAAACGGAAAUGUCAGGGGAGCUCACUGAAUCUGACAAGGAGAGAUAUCAGCAGCUGGAGGAGGCGUCAGCUAGCCUCCGAGAGCGGAUCAAACACCUAGAUGACAUGGUGCACUGCCAGCAGAAGAAGGUCAAGCAGAUGGUUGAGGAGAUUGAAUCAUUAAAGAAGAAGGUGCAGCAGAAGCAGCUGUUAAUACUGCAGCUUUUAGAAAAGAUAUCUUUCUUAGAAGGAGAG